AUAACCGCCAGUAUAUUAUUAAUAGUUUUUCCUAGUAUUCCUAUAUUCAUAAUUCUUUAACUCUUAGGGUUUUAAAAAGGAUAAAUGCAUAAUUAUUCAAAGCCUUUACUUAAAUAAUUACUUUCUUUUGGUUUGGGAACUAUAUUGGGUGAUGUUUUUUUACAUAUGUUUCCUCAUUUAGUGCAUAAAAGCGACAAUAAUGGACAUUCUGCACACUCUCAUGAUUUUAAAUAAUUAAUUCCUCCAUUAAUGAUUAUUUUAGGAAUUAAUUUUCUUAUAACUUUAGAUUUUAUUAUAUUUAAAAUUAAUGAAAAUAAUAAAUAUUAGAAAUUGCAAAAAGUAAAUGAUGAAUAAGUGAAAGAUGAACCUAAAGAGAAACAUAAUCAUAAACAUUAAGAAAUACAUUCAGGAAUACCUUUCUUAUUUUGUGAUUUUAUGCAUAAUCUUACUAAUGGAAUAGCAGUAGGAACUGCUUUUGCAACAAGUACAAGUUUAGGUAUUACAACAACAUUAGUUAUUUUGAUACAUGAAAUACCGCAUUAAAUUGCGGAUUUCGGCCACUUAAUAUCAUAUGAAUAUAAUAUUAAAUAAAUUAUAAAAUCUUAAUUAUUUACAUGUUUAAUAGGAGGACUUUUAGGAGGAUAUCUAGGUUUAUAUUAUUGUAAUUUAUAUAGACAUUAAUUAUUAUGCAUUACUGCAGGAGGAUUUUUAUAUAUGUGUAUGACAAAUUUACUUCCUGAGAUAAAAUAAAACUUGAAACAUAAUUCUUAUUUGGGAAAUUUCCUUUUAACUAUUUUUAGUUGUAGUUUAGGUGUACUUUGUAUGUAUGGAGUUACUUUAAUAGAAUGA